GGUCGAGGGGGCGGGGCUCAGGCGGAGGGGCGGGCGCGCUGCAAGCUGCAGGCUGCUGCGGUUGAGAUCAAGAUCCAGUUUUGGACAUGAGACUCAUUGGGUGAUCAUUUUAUUGAGAUCAGAUUGGAUGACCAGGUGUAAACUGCAAGAGGAAUCACUAUGACUGAGGGAACUCAAAUUUUUUUAUUGCCCAUCUCUACUUUGGAGUCUACAAAAGAAACGAUGCCUCCAGCAGCCCCUAAAGCCCAGGACACCCAUCAGUUAUCAGACAAACUCCUGAUUGAAAAACAGCAGGAGGAAGCAGAAUGGGAAAGCGUAAAUGGGCUGUUGAUGACGCAUGGCUUCAAACCUUUGUGUCUAGUCAAAAGAACUGACCUCAAAGAGCUCAUCGUUUUUGACAAACAAUCAUCACAAAGAAUGAGGCAGACUUUGAAAAUGUUGAUAGAAGAAACAACACGUCAGCAGAGCAUGAUCCGGGACCUCAUAGAGACCAACCAGCAGCUUAAAAGUGAACUUCAGCUGGAACAGAACCGAGCAACACACCAGGAACAGCGAGCCAAUGACCUGGAGCAGAUUAUGGACAGUGUGAAAUCCAAAAUUGGUGAAUUAGAAGAUCAGUCCAUAAGCAGAGUUUUUCAGCAACAACAAAGAAUGCAAGAUCUUCAAAAAGAGCAUAAAGUAUUACAGAUGAAAUGCCAGCAUUAUAAGAAAAAACGAAUGGAGCAAGAAGAGACCAUCGCUUCUUUGCAAAAGGAUAUCUACAGAUUAACCCAGGAGGAAGAAGAACGUAUUAUCACUCAAAACAGAGUGUUUGCCUAUCUCUGCAAGAGAGUCCCUCAUACAGUCUUGGAUAAACAAUUGCUUUGUCUAAUUGAUUACUAUGAAUCUAAACUUCGAAAACUCCAUACACAAAGACAGAGUAAGGAAGAUGACAGUCAAUCAGAAGAAGAAACAAACCACAGAAACCUGGAUGCCUCACCAAGUUAUAAAGGCCUUUUGAUGUCGUUACAGAAUCAACUCAAGGAAGCAAAAUUCAAGAUUGAUGUACUGUUAGGUGAAAAGCUGAACCUCCAAAAAGAUCUGGAGAGCAGGCCCACAGAACAUGAGUUAAGACUUUAUAAACAACAGGUGAAGAAACUGGAAAAAGCCCUUAAGAAAAACAUCAAAUUACAAGCGCUUACUGGUCAAAAAAAGACUGAUUACACGGAGAAAAAAGAUGAGCCCAGCAAAGACAGCCAUCAACAGGUUCUAGUUGACCAGAGAUACUUUCAGGUGCUGUGCAGCAUCAAUUCAAUUAUCCACAAUCCUCGAACUCCAGUAAUUAUUUAUAAGCAGAGAAAGGGAGGAGCCCAAAACUUGAAUAAAGAUACUGUUCAGGACUGUGGAUUUGAACAUCUUAUUCCUAUAAUAGAAACGUGGGCAGAUGAACUGACAUCCUUAAAGGAUUUGUAUAAGUCCUUAAAAAUACUGUCUGCAGCACUGGUACCUUGGCAUAAUUUAAAGAAACCGGAUGAAAAUGAUGGUGUCAAAGUAGAAGAUCUGUUGUGUAUGGUAGAUACCAUGUUGGAAGAGGUUGAAAACAAGAAAGAGAGCAGCAACAUGCUAAACUUUCAAACUUUGCAAGCUAUUGUUUCUCACUUCCAAAAGCUAUUUGAUGUUCAUUCUCUAAAUGGAGUCUAUCCCCGAAUGAAUGAAGUGUAUACCAGGCUUGGAGAAAUGAACAACGCUGUGAGAAACCUCCAGGAGCUCUUAGAACUAGACAGUUCAUCCUCGCUGUGUGUGGUGGUCAGCACAGUUGGAAAAUUGUGUAAGAUUAUCAAUGAGGAUGUGAAUGAUCAGGUUAAACAAGUAUUAGGGCCUGAAGACCUACAAAGCAUUAUCAACAAAUUGGAAGAACAUGAGGAAUUUUUUCCAGCAUUUCAAGCUUUUACAAGUGAUCUCCUUGAAAUCUUAGAAAUUGAUGAUUUGGAUGCCAUUGUACCUGCAGUAAAGAAAUUAAAAGUACUUUCAUACUGAAAACAAAUCAAAUCAUUUUUACUGUGUAAAUUGUAUUCUUAACAUUUUAAGUAUUUUGGAGGACUGAUCCUGAGUCAAGAUUCUAAAAUGUAUCAGCUCUCAGAAUUCAGCCUCUGACAAUCAUAUAAGUUUUAGUUUUGAUUAUUUAAUAGAAAGCAGCUACUAAGUUAUUAAAAUAGUAAAUUCACUUUAGAUCUCUUAAUCAUUUCCUAAGUAAUGCUUGAGUGUUUUAAAUGUAAUGGUUAUUUUAAGGAAAAGAUUACAAAUUAUAGAAAGUGUCAUUUAAGUUCAAGGUUUUAAUGACCUUUUGGUCAGAGAAAGAAAAAUGCCAAUUGCUUUCUAAGCCCAACCAAUAGGAAGCCACUGCUUUCCCACCAGGACUAAUGGGCAUAUUCUAUUAAGAUGCCUUUCAAAGCAGAAAGAAAAAGUUUUGUCUUUGUGUAAAGAUAGGAAGUUAAUCAUGAGGUGAAAUAGAUGAUUAGGCAGAAGUCUAUCAGAAAAUGUGUCUAUUUGCAAUACUGAUGUACUGUACUUCUAUAAAAUAAAAUUUUUAUAAAGUUUACAAA